UCUAAUAUCAAUGGGCUGACAGAAUAGUGCUCAUGGAAAAGAGCCAAUUGAAAAGAACAUCAUAUCAGGGCAACAAUCAUCUUAUCACAAAGAAGAUGGAGUAAUAAAUCAUGGUCAGAAGUGGAAUUCACAACAAAAAGGUAAUGCAGUACCUCAAAUAGUAAACCAUCUCGAUAAAGGAACAACCGAUUUUGUUCCUUACAACCCUGAAGAGAAUAUAAACGUCAAUAAUGAUAAAGACUACAAUGAUCAACCCUGGAAGAAACAAAAUGAAGAGAUGAAAUAUGAAAUAGCUAAUAUGUUUCAAAAUAAGAUGGAAGUGCCAACAUCACAAGUUCCUAACCCCUCUAACCCUUCAAAGCAAGAACCAGUGGAUGAAUACUUGAACCAACCUUACGAUUAUGAAGGAAGCAUAGGAUAAACCAUAUGCUUAAGCGUAUUAACCUAUUAGACUUAUUGAUCAUAAGCUAAAACUUCAAUUAUCUCUGUGAAACUCUCUGC